AUGGCUGUCGAGAAAGAGGCCCUCGAGGCCGUUGCGGUCUCCGGGACGGUUCGCCCGUUCUCGGAGAGCCAGCCGCCCAUCGAGGAUACUUCCGAUCUCAAGACGCACGAUGUCGCGAUCGAAAAGGCUGGGUCUGAGGCCGAUGAGCUGGAAGAUGAAGACCUCUUCCGCCCUCUCCUUAUGGACGCCUCGAUUCCGACGGAGGAGAACCCGCUCACCAUCAGAGCGGUCGUUGUUGGCUGUAUCCUAGGCUCCUUGGUCUGCGCAUCCAACCUAUAUCUCGGUCUGAAGACGGGUUUCACGUUCAGCGCCAACAUGUUCGGUGCCAUUUUCGGCUACGGCGUCCUGAAGCUCCUCUCAAGGGCGGGCAAGGUCCCCAUCAUCGGCGGUCUUUUUGGGCCCCAAGAAAACUCCAUCGUCCAGGCUGCUGCAACUGGUGCUGGCGGUACCGGUGGCAUCUUCGUCGCCGCAAUCCCCGCCAUGUACCGCCUCGGCGUCAUGGGAGAAGGCCACUCGCCCAAGGACGACAUUGGUGCCAUCUUCACCAUCACCCUUGUCACCUCCUUCAUCGGCAUUUUCUACGUCACCCCGCUCCGCAAGUUCUUCAUCAUCCAGGUCGCCCGCGAGCUGAAGCUUAUGUUCCCGACCCCGACCGCCGUUGCCCUGACGAUCCGCUCCAUGCACGCCGGCGCCGCGGGCAGCAUUGACGCCAUCAAGAAGCUCAAGUGCCUCGCCAUUUGCUUUACUGGUGCCCUCGUCCACCGUAUCGGAUCAUACUACGCGAUCGGAAUUCUCUACGACUGGCACGUCUUCACCUGGAUUCACAUCUGGAGCGGCCACACCAGCUGGGCCAUGAACAUCGAGUCGUGGGGCUGGUACUUUGAGUGGACCCCGGCUUUUAUCGGUUCCGGCAUUCUGAUCGGUCUGAACCCGGCCAUCUCCAUGUUUUCUGGUUCCGUCAUGGCCUGGGCUAUCAUCGGACCCGCCCUGGUGCACUACGGUGAGUGCAUCGGCAUCGACCAGAGUGGCGGCGAUCCCAAAUGGGACGGCUAUUACUCGUUCAACUCUCUCAGCAACCUCGGCAAGCAGACCCCCUCUCCUCGGUACUGGCUCUUGUGGCCCGGUGUCAUGGUCAUGGUGUGCUCUUCCAUGGCCGAACUGUUUGUUCAGUACAAAGCUAUUUGGUCCGGCGCCAAGUCCAUCUGGAACCAGUCGUGCCGCGGCAUCAACUCGGUCCUUGUUGCCCGGGGCAAGUCGAGCGCCUUCUUCGCCAAGCAUGGCUCAAACCAGAUCAAGGACGAGAACGUGGUCGAGGACCCUUUCCCGCAGGAGCAGCAGGUCAAGACAUGGAUGUGGGCCCUUGGCCUGCUCGUCACCUUGGUCGUCGGCAUGAUCAUCUUCCACUUCCAAUGGGAGAUGCACCCCGGCCUGACUAUCCUGGCCGUCGUGCUCGCUUUCCUUUUCUCCUUCCUCGCCAUCCAGAUCGGCGCUGUCACCGACACCACCCCGCUCACGGCUGCCUCCAAGGCGUCGCAGCUCAUCUUCGGCGGUGCCACGUCGAACAGCGGCUACUCGAUCCAGCACGCCCAAAAGAUCAACUUGGUGGCUGGCGCCCUCGCUUCGGGCGGUGCCGACACGGCCACGGCCCUCGUCAGCGACUUCAGGACCGGUUUCCUCAUUGGCACCUCCCCCAUCAAGCAAUGGAUUGCUCAGUCCAUCGGUAGCUUCUGCUCUGUCUGGCUUGGACCAGGCCUGUUUGUACUCUUCACGUCGGCUUACCCGUGCAUUUGGGAGCCGAACCAGGCGUCCGAUGCCCACUGCCCCUUCCUCGUCCCCUCCGUGUCAGCGUGGGCCGCCGUGGCACAGGCCGUCACCGACCCCAACGUCUCGAUCCCGCUGAAGAGCGGCAUCUUUGCCAUCGUCAUGGGCGUCGUCUCCAUCAUUCAGGUCGUCGUCCGCCACUUCUUCCUCGUCGGCGAGCGCGAGAAGUUGCGCAAGUGGCUGCCCAACUGGGGCGCCAUCGCCCUGUCCUGGGUCAUCCCCGCCCCCGUUUUCGCCAACGCUGCGCUGCUCGGCGCCAUCGUUGCCGCUCUCUGGAGGAAGUAUGACAUGAGGACCUGGGAUAUCUACGGCUACGCUGUCGCUGCUGGUUUCAUUGCUGGCGAGGGUCUCGGCGGUGUUGUUGGUGCCAUCCUCACGCUUGCUGGCGUCGAUGGCGGCACCAAGGGCUCUAAUAUUGCCUGCCCUGCCGACUCGUGCUAG